CGGCUAAUGUGGAUGAGAGGGGAGUUUGGAGAGGAGCGAAGCGGAGGCGCGUGGAGCUGCUGCUGCUGCCGCCGGUAGAGAGGAGUUAGAGAGCGGCUGGAGGAGCUGUGGAGAGCCGGGGCAGGAGCAGGGGCAUGCGGCUACAGGGCUGCGGGGUCCCGCCAGCGGAGGAGGAGCAGCGGAGGAGCAGCAGAGGCACUGGAGAGGAGUUAACGGAGGCGGAAUCAGGACGGAGCUCGCGCUGCUGACUGGCUCAUCAGAUACUUUCCCUUUAGAAGUGUGUUGUCUACCUGUGCGCGCGCCUCGGCUUCAGCAUCAGUCAGUAUGAGUGGAGGAAAGUUGGCGCUCGCGCUGCUGUGGUGCGCUCUGCUCGUGCCAGCCUCUGUGCCCAGCGCUCCGGGACUGCGCUGCCACCAGGUGCGCUCCUCCUUCCAGUCCCUCUACCCGGGCACGAAGUGGGCACCAGAAACUCCAGUCUCAGGCUCAGACCUGCAGGUUUGCCAACCCAAGGGCCUCACCUGCUGCUCGCGCAAAAUGGAGGAGCGCUACCUGCUCACCGCCAAACAGAACAUGGAGUCCGGCCUGCAGGCCAGCAGCGGCCAGCUGAAGCUCCUCAUCAUCCAGAACGCCGCGCUCUUUCAAGAGGCCUUUGACAUGGUCUUGCGCUUAGGUCGUAACUCCACCCUCGCCAUGCUGAGGGAGGAGUUCCCUGCUUUAGUGGGCGGAGCCAGUGGUGCUGUCACUCAGCUCUUCCUGGAGAUGUCUCUCUACAUCCUGGGCUCAGAGGCCAACGUGGACGACAUGGUGACGUCCUUCUUUUCCCGCCUCUUCCCCCUGGCCUACCGCCGGGUCCUCGGCAACGGGGCGACAUCGGGCACUUCGGAGGACUGCCUGCGGGGGGCGUGGCGCGAGUCCUCUGCGUUCGGCUCGUAUCCCAAACUGAUGAUGACGCGCCUGUCUCACUCGCUGCCGGCCACGCGCGUCUUCCUGCAGGCGCUGAACCUGGGCAUCGAGGUGGUGAACACCACGCAGCACCUGAAGGCGGGCCGGGACUGCGGGCGGGCGCUGCUCAGGCUGUGGUACUGCCCGCACUGCCAGGGGCUGCUGGAGGCUCGGCCGUGCCGGGCUCUGUGCCUCAGCACCAUGGGGUCCUGCCUCGGGGGGGCGGCCGAGGUGCAGCCUCACUGGAGGAGCUACGUGGAGGGGCUGGGGACCCUGGACAGCUCCAUGAGGGGAGAGCAGGACAUGGAGGAGGUGGUGCUCAGACUGCAUGUGAUCAUCAAACUGGCCCUCAAACACGCUGUAGGAGCUAAGACUCGAUUAAACACACAGGUGAGCAGCAUGUGCACGCACACGCCCCAGCGCGUGACCCGCGGUGCGGCGUCUCCAGCGGAACACGCAGUCCCCUCCACGGUGGUCCGCAGCACGCAGCCGGCCAACCCGGACCCUGACCAGACUCUGGUUGGGCGGCGCAGAGAGUUCAUCCAGAGUCUGAGGGGCUUCAGUCUGUUCUAUGGGGGUCUUGGAGAGGCUCUUUGCAACCGAGAGCCAGCAGCACUCAACAGCUCCCUCUGCUGGAAUGGGCAGGAGAUGACAGACAAGUUAACUGGUCCAGGUUUGAAGAGACCCCACCCUCACGGUUCAGAGACCAAACAGAAGCCCCCUGAGCCUGUCGUCAGCCAGAUCAUCGACAAACUCAAACACAUCAAUCAGCUGUUGCGGAUGGUGACCACUCCAGAGAAGCGAUGGAAGGCCCGGGCAGGAGGGGGCGCUACGAGAAAAGAUCCCAAACGACAGAACCAAGGUCUGGAGGAUGAGGAGGGUCUGGAGAGUGGUGACUGUGAUGAUGAAGAUGAGUGCACUGGAGUUUCAGGACUUGGGCCGCCCCCUCGCCGCAAACGAUUGCGUAUCUUUGCAGAUCUGGCGGAUAACCUGGCGAUGGAUGAUCUCACCUUCCACGAGUUGCUCCUGACCCCCAGGCUGGCCACAGACUCACACGGAGGAGCAUCGGCACCCGGAGCGGCGCAGGCUGUACGUGUUCACUCCUGCAUCUUCUCACUGACCUUCAUCCUCCUCCUCCUCUGUGGACUCCACUGAACAUUCCAGCCUGUUUUUAACCCCCAGUUCCUCCCCGUCUGCUCCCCAAUCCUGCAAGUCCUUCAGUCAGAAACUGGUUGGGCUGGUGAUUUAAAGGACAAUGCAGUUCGGCUGCACCUAUUUGUACAUAGAGUUUCUUGAAGGAUGUUCUUGGAAGAGUUCAGAGGAAAGAGGAGCCCUUUUACUGUCGGCCACUCUCCAGUCUUACUUUAUGAAUGAACAUCUUUUUUAAUCAAAUCCAACAAAAGUGUGCAGUGUUUGGCUGAAAACAUGGAUUUUUUGCAGAUUUCCCCUAAUUUUGUCACAUUUUCCACUACUACAUAAAUUCUAAAUUCCUAAACAUCAGUUCCUAAUAUUUUAUCUUUUAAAAUAAAAGCAGCAGUAUCCCUAACGGUACGUGUUUACUAUCACUUUAACUUUAACUUUAACGAAGCAUCCUAUAAACUUUACAGCCUUGGUGUAUGGUGAAAUACUUCAGCAGUACUCAUCUUUAUGCAAAUAAGAAAAGCUACUAUGCUGAGUCUAGCCAAUAGGUAGAAGUAGGCUGGUACAUCACACAUACAGUAUGAGCAUCAAGCACCUUUAAAACAAGGAAGAGAAGAUAAAAAGGGCUGUACUCUAUUUGGAUUUCCAGAAUAAUAGAUUAAAAUUUUCAUAAAAAAUUUAAAAAUUACUUUAAACAAAAGUUGCUUCAUGAAUUUAAAAACAUCACAGACAUGAUCACACAGCGAGCUGAGAGAUCCGACACAGCAGGAUGCACUGGAUAAAAGUGCUAGUGGACUAAUACCAUUAGCUGGAAGGGAACAAAAUACUCUUUUUAAUAUCGUUGUCCUGGCAAAACCAACCCUGCAAUGCCUAAAAUUGUUAUAUUAAAAUUCAAUAUUUUUCAUUUAAAAAAUAAUGAAAAUAUACUAAUGAACAUACACUGAAAAAUACAGACAUUCACAGCACUUUAUUCAUAUUAAUUAAAAAUAAUGCAUUAAAAGAUAAAGGUAUUAAAAAUACUCUUCCACAUGCUUGCUGCAGUUACACCUUCUUACCAGAGAGGUCACUAAAUCCCCAAAACUAUAAAUCCCCAAAAUGUACAAUUUUUUUUUUUGUUUGUUUUUUUAAGGAAAAAUUAUUACACUAUAUUAGUUGGGCACAGACUUUAAAACUAUUUAUUUGUACAUGUUUUUUACAUCCUAGCAGAAAUACAGUACCAACAAAGCAGAAGCAAUAUUUUAAAAUCUUUUUUUACUCAUUUAUUUGGCCAAACACUGUAAUUGCUUUUUUUGCCAUAUAUUUUUUCGGGUAAACAAUUUGGUUGCCAAAUAUUGGGUGCAAUAUCCCGACUUUUAGUUGUUUAUUUAUAUUCUUUGUUUGUUUUUUUAUAUUUUUUUUGCUGUCAGAUGUUUGGAUGCCAAACCGUUAAACAGUUCAGUCGUAUUCUUCUUCUUCUUCUUCUUCUUCUUCUUCUUCUUCUUCUUCUCCCAGAGCAUGACUACACAUACUACAAUACUACACAAAUCCUAACCGUAUCCCCCUCUGUGCUGCUUGUAUCCCACCCUGAAGUAGUCACAUGUUUUGGGACACAAUUUCCUAUCUGUGUCUGUUCACACUCGAUUUUUAACACACAGCUCCAGAGCCAGAGACUCCUGUAGGUAAAGGGAUUCCGGACCCUCGUUUUCCCCUCAUAGAGGCCCGGCUAUUGUGAUUUAAUGGACUUUCUUGGGACUAGGAACUGUGACUAAUGGGGUCUGGGGAAAUGCAGUGCUUCUGCAGUGGGCACAGACUCUGAUUUCUCUCUCUCUCUCUCUGUCUCUAAUACACACACACACUGAGAAUUGCCGCCCACUCCUGCCACUCAUUUCCUGUGCAGUAAAUGACCCUUGCAGGAGAUCAAGGGGUUGGUGUGUCGUUGUGAAAGCUUCUCACUGCGGGGUGACACCCAGCUGCAUUUCAUUUGGAAAAAUAACAUUUUAUUAGGACGGUAACUUUCCUUUUCAUGAUAGUGCAGUGUCUCUCACCCUCUCUCUCUCUCUUUCUCUUUCUUUCUCUGAGAGGAAACAUCUCACAUGUUUCUCCCUCUGUUUUCCUCUGUCUUUGUCUCUCAGUGCCAUCUCAUGCCCUAAUGAAGUCUGUAUUAUAGCAGCGGGGGGGAUUAAAGUUUUGGAGAGUGCUGAGACCCCUGAAUGUUCUGUUGUUAUCUUUGCUUCUGCUCACUGUUUUUUUACAGCAAGAAAUACAGGUGGAAAAAGGUUACUGGACAUACAGUACAGGCCAAAAUUUUGGACACACCUUCUCUUUUUCAAUGUGUUUUUUUUUUAUUUUCAUGACUAUUUACAUUGUAGAUUCAUAAUGAAGGCAUCAAAACUAUAAAUGAACACAUGUGGAGUUUUAUGUACUUAACAAAAAAAGGUGAAAUAACUAAAAAAAAUGAGCUUCAAGAAGUGGUCACCUUAAAUGGUUUUGCAACAGUCUUGAAGGAGUUCCCAGAGGUGUUUAGCACUGGUUGCCCCUUUGCCUUCUUCACUCUGUGCUCCAGCUCACCCCAAACCAUCUCAACUGGGUUCAGGUCCAGUGACUGUGGAGGACAGCUCAUUUUUGUUAAGUACAUAAAACUCCACAUGUGCUCAUUCAUAGUUUUGAUGCUUCAGUGAGAAUCUACAAUGUAAAUAGUCAUGAAAAUAAAAAAAAGCAUUGAAUGAGAAGGUGUGUCCAAACAUUUGGCCUGCACUGUACCCUGCUGUAAAAGUGCAGAUGGUCAAGCUCAUCAUGUUGAUUGUGCUGGUUAAGAUGCUUGACCAGCUUAGCUCUCUCUUGACCAGCAUAGGGUAUUUAAGGUGUUUAAGGAUUUUGACUGAUAAAUAUAUACACACAUGAUCAACCUGACCAAUCAGAAAACAGUCUGAACAAGUCUGAUUAUGUUUUUUGACCUGCAGGACCAACAAGACCAAAAUACAAUCAUAUAUAAUAUACCCUGUGCCAGUCAACUUAACCAGCAUAGGGUAUGUAUGUUGUAUUUAUAUUGCACUUGAUGGUUAAGCCUGUCUACAAGCAUGUUUAGCCUUAACAAGCCACAAAUAACCAAUGUGACCAAUAACACAACCAUGCUAAUUGACUAGCAAGACCAUGCUGGUCAACCUCCAAACUGGCCAAAAAGCAGGAUAAUCAAGAUCAAAAUUCAUAGUGGGUCAAAUUUGUAGGACACCAUUAUUUCAGAAACAAAAUAUGGAGGCUUUUAAUAUUAUGUUCUGGACAUAACCUAAAAGAUAAGCCCAUUAGACCCACUACAUGCUGGGGUAUUCAGAUAUAUAAUUGUCCCUUUAGUUUCUGCAAUAAACCUCAGUCUCACCAUGUACAAUUAAAUAUAUUAUACACAGUGCUGUUUAAAUGCUGGUUAGCCAUCUAGCUUGCCUGCAUAGUGUACAUUUUCAAUUGAGCAUGAUCAACCUGACCAACAGGACAAGCAUGACCAAAAUACCAUUCAAAUACAUAUCAAAUACAAUCUCAGUUAACAAAGAAUGCUAUAAGAACAUUUAUCAACCUUUUGAAAAGGUUUAAGUAAGGAUAGCCUGUAUUAUUACAGAAAUAAUGUUCCAGAAACGUUCUGAAAACACAAUAGAAACAUAAUAGUGGUUUGCAUCACAAUGUUAUUAGAAUGUUUCUCACAAUGAUUGAUUGACUAGCAUGACCAGCAAGAUCCAUCAAAGUCCACCAUAACUACAAUAUAUACAAUACACUUUACCCUGUGUUGACCAAGAGCUGGUUAACCAGCUAAUUUAUCAGCAGACAGUAGGUCUUAUUUUAAAUUUUUUUUAGAUAUCACCAGCUUUUCAACCACUUUGACCAUCAAAGACCAGCUAAGGCCAUCCAAAAAGUCCUGAGCUGGAUGUUUUUUCGGCAGUGUAAAUAAUCUGUUUCAAGAAAUUGACCUUUUUCUUCUUUUAAACAUCAUUGUACAAACAUCAUAUAAAGGGCUAAUCCUGUUAUUUGUGACCAGAAUGAUAUUUAAACAUUGUUUAGACCCUUCCUUGAUGAAAUGUAGUGUUGAUUUCUCUUUUGAAUAAUAAUAAGUUGAACAAUAACUCGUCUCUAACAUCUGUUUGCUCUUCAUGCCACAUAUCACUCUUCUUUAGUCUGUGAGUUCUGUGGAGUGGUUUACUAAACAGGGCCAGCUCUGUACUGAUGGAGACCGACCUGCUCCUCCGGCCCUCAUUAGAAUGCAGUAGGAGGAAUAGGUUUGAGUAAACAACCUCGGAUUCAAGAGUGACAUCAUAAAAAAUGUCAGGCGGAGAGUGGCUGAUUCCCAUCCAGUCUGUAUUAACUUGCUUAUUACGCAUCAGCCAGUAGUGGAUUGUGUUGAGAAGGCCUGUAAUUAAACACUGCAUUCCCCCGUUGGUGUUUAUAUCAUGGCUGAUUGCGUAGUGGGGGAGCGGUCGGGGGGCCAUUUGGCAGCUUUGAGCCCUGGCUACAACUCAGCUCAAUAACCAGAGCUCUGCAGGAGGACUUUUAAGAAAAAAAGGGUCUUUUUUUUGCGUGCGCCAGGUCGUGCUAGCCUAACGUAAUGCAGCAUUCUGCAAUGCAAUGCCCAUCCCAUCAUCACCCUGAAACACACCCUCUUCUGAUAAGAAAAAAAUAUAUAUCCUUACAAUGUACUAGUGCAUCUCAAAAAAUUAAAUAUCAAUAAAAAGUUACUUUAUUUCAGUAAUUCAGUUCAAAAUGUGAAACUCAAUAGUGAUCUAUUUUAAGAGUUUAUUUCAAUUUUUACUUGUUGAUGAUUAUGACUUACAGCUAAUGAAAACCCAAAAAUCAGUGUCUUAGAAAUUUAGAAUAUUAUAUAAGACCAAUUGGUACUUUUGGCAGUGUGCUAAGUCCUGCUGGAAAAUGAAAUCUGCAUCUCCAUAAAAGUUGUGAGCAGAGGGAAGCAUGAAGUUCUGUAAGAUUGUCAUCUGCUGGUGUUGAUCCACUGUGUUUUAUUAUCAAGUCUAAAGUCAGUGCAGUUUUGUUUUCCUGCAAAUUCUUACAGCACUUCAUGCUACUGACAACUUUUAUAAAGAUGCAGAUUUCAUUUUCCAGCAGUACCAAUUGGUCUUAUAUAAUAUUCAAAUUUUCUGACACACUGAUUUUUGAGUUUUUAUUGGCUGUAAGCCAUAAUCACACUUAAAAUAGAUCACUCUGUAUGUAAUACAUCUAUAUAAUAUUUGAAUUACUGAAAUAGAGUAACAUUUCAGUAAUAUUUCAUUUUUUAAGAUAAACUAGUGAAAGUACAGCAGAUACAGGCUUGGACAUCAGGUUGUUGUUGCAGAGUAAAUAUCCAGGUUCAGGCGAGAGAAUAAAGUAAAAUAAAAAAUAACCUUACAUCACUUUAUUGUCCACAGAAGAGUGACCAGAUGCUCAGAAUAAUCCAGAUUUUUUUAAAUAUCGAAAAACAUCUAAAAAUAUCUAGAAAAAAGAUCUAUGAUGUUAGUUCUGGGUCCUCCUGCUUGGCUGACCAGUAUUUCUGGUUUGGUUUUUGUACUUGGAGAUAAGAGGUUUUCUGAAGAGUGAUAUGUAUGACUAUGUUAAGUACACUAUGUGGGGCUGAGGAGUGUGCGUCACAUCUGAUCCAGAUAAUACUGAUCCAGAUGAUUGGGGUUUUGUCUAAACACACACACACACACUCACUCUCUGACUUAAGAGUUUCCAUGUAAAAUAAAGUGAAUAAACAUGUUCGCCAUUUGGGCCGUGAAUUCUGUUUGUGUUUUUAAACUUGUUUUCUCACAUGUUUUCAUGCUUUCAUGUUCAUUUAUGAGGCACAAGGGGUCUUUAUGAAGUUGGAAUUGUGGCUCUUUGGAUUAAAGAUUGAAGACAAUUGA